GAAAAAACUGCCAUUGUUAUUCCUAAUGCAAUGUCAAUAUCAACUGCCACAGAGAAGUUCUUUUUAACAUCUUUUGGUGCCAGAGAUAAAACAUAUGUAAUGUUAUUUCGUGUCUGGCAAAAUGCUCUUAUUGGUGAGGAUAUCGCAGAAAGGUGCAACAAAAUCAUGCGACAAAUGAAAAAUUAUAAAAUCUUUACGAUAAAAAGUUUAUAACCUACUUUAUUAUUUUCUGAUUGGCAUCGUUUUUGAAAUAUAAGUAAUUAAAAUUUUGGGAUACAACUUCCGAUGUACGCUGUUUAAAUAUUAAACGGCCAAGCAUGCGAGAAAACAUUGACAAGAAAUACAUACAAAUACAUGUUUACAUACAUUAUAUCAUUAAUAUGAAGCUCUUCAAUAUGUGAAGUUAUAUUAUCAAAACAAAUUCAAGAAUUCAAACACCUUAGAAAAAUACUAUAAAAACAUAUCUAUAUAUGUAUUUAGUAACUAAGAAGUGCGUGUCGGAAACCGAACCACAUUUAAUUGCUUUUAUUUCGGAAAUGAAGCCUCCGAUUUUAUAACGCCAAUGAGUUCAGCUGAAAUGUGGCAACUCGUUCAUUCCUGUUAUGGAGAUGAAUUGGGUUUAACAUCAGAUGAUGAAGAUUAUGUCCCACCAUUGCCUCCAGCUGACGAUGAAAAGUUAUCAACAAGAUUAUCUGUUGAAUCGUUUUCUGAGGUUGAAAGCAGUAAUGUGGAGAAUUUGGCAGCUGGAACAACUGAACAUCGGUCUCAACCAGAUCCUAUUCUGGAUCCGACAGAUUUUAGUGAUACAACAGAAAGUGAUGCUGAAAAACAUGGAUUGAAACCAAGCAUUCGAGGCAAUAUAGUAUGUUCUUCCCCUCAUGAUGGACGGCAGGUUGGGAAAGCUACAUUUCCUGUGCAUAUUGAUCACCUAUUCACUUUGUUAUUUACAAAUUCCAAGUUCUUCUUAGAUUUUCAAGCAGCUCGUAAGACUACAGAUUUUGUACAAGCAGCAUGGACACAAAAUGAAGAGACAGGUCAAAAGGUUAGAAAUUUAUCUUUUACAAUAGCUCUGUCUCAAGCUAUUGGACCAAGAACCUCUCAUAUUACAGAAACUCAGAUAAUGCUGCCAUGUAGUAGGCCAGGUUACUUGUACGCUAUUGAUGUAGAGAGUCUAAAUGCUGGAAUUCCAUAUGCAGAUUCUUUUAGUGCACAAAUUCAUUAUUGUAUAAACAGUAUCUCCGAAAAUGAAACAAAUCUUACAAUUUAUGCUCAAAUAAAGUACAGGAAAAAUGUAUGGGGUAUCGUAAAAGGUGUUAUUGAGAAAAAUUUUUGGGUUGGAUUAGAAGAAUAUUUUACAAGCCUUAUAAAAGCAUUAACUAUUGAAUGCGAAGAAUUUACUACUACCGGAGGGCUAAAAAGAAAAGCGAGGAGAAGACGUCGCGUUACAGGAACUGGUAUCACUUUACAAACACAUUCUGCAGAUCUUACAUCUCCUAGCUUACAAAACCCAUUAAAUUUGCCACAUAUUACUGAUAAUGCUGUUUCUGGAGUUCGAGGUGAUUCAAACAUUAUAAUUAGUUCAAUGCUUUUGAUUGCUGUAUUAUGCUUGAUGGUUAUUAAUGGCCUAUUAUAUUAUAAACUUUGGAGUUUGGAAGAAGCUGCAGCUUAUACGAUUAUGGAUUUACAUGUGUUAAAAAAUACCCCAAAGACUGAAGAAGAUUGGAUUCAUUUAUUACAACAGCAAGAAAGUUUGCAUAAUGUAGAAAUGAGGAAAUGGCAGAGAGUACUACAUACUGCUGCACAAUUACUUAGACAAACAGAGGAAUCACUGACGGAGUUACAAAUGAGUAUUCAUCCUACUGCAACAGAGAAAAUGUUUUCAGUCUUAAAACCAAGUAUAAAAAGUUUUAAUUCACGUACGGAACAGCAAAGCCAUUCAGAAAUGUAAUAACGCGUAAAGUAUUUCAAUGAAGUAAUUAUACCUAAUUAAAAGUACCGUUGUAAUAAAGUUUACAUUUUCUUAAUUAUAAGGGUAUUCUUAAUGUUCGUUAUACUUGUAUAUAAUUUAUAACGAAGCACAGAAACGCGCUGUGAUGCUGAUUCCUUGAGCUCUAAAUUGUAUGCUGCAAUAUGCAUACAAAACAUUCAACAUAUAGAUAAUGUAAUUUAAAAACUUGUGUCUAUUAUUUUGAAGAUAAAUAGUGUUAGAAUUUCUUUUUUUUAUAAGAUAUUAAAUUUAUCAAAUCUCCGUUAAUGUUGACCUUACAUUCAUAGUGCAUACAUACAUGUAUAAAUACAGGCAUGUAUAUUUGUGUAUGUGUAUAGAUAAUGUAUACUAGUCUAUUGUAAAGGGAAAAUAAAUAAAUUUUUAAA